CAUCGCGGCCGGACUCACCUCGUGGCCUCGGCGUCGUCCCCUCGGCUCAUGCCCCAGAAACAGGUCCCGACUCCACGGCCCGACGACCCUCCAAACGCGUCCGCCUCAACGCCGCCUGCUUCCAGGCCGUCGGUGACGCGCUACGCCUGCGCCGCCGCGCCGCCCCGUGACGUCAUGGCGCCCGCGCCGACGCCGUCUCCGCGAUCGCGUAGGUCUUUUCCUAGUAACCUGGGCGAUAGCUGUGAAUGUUCACAAGGAUCGUCUUCAGUCAUGGCCUUGGGUUUAAGGUGCUUCCGCUUGGUCCACCCUGCCUUUUGUAACUCCCUUGCAGCCUGGACCAGACCUGUUUCAGAAGGGACGCUGAAGAGAGUGAGUGGAAGACAAAAUGACCGUGGGCAAUCCAUGGCCUCUCCAGCUGUACCAGUCCGUCAUUUUGCUACCAAGAAAGCCAAAGCCAAAGGGAAAGGACAAGUCCAAACCAGAGUGAAUCUUAAUGCUGCCUUGGUUGAGGAUAUAAUCAGCUUGGAAGAAGUGGAUGAAGAAAUGAAGUCUGUGAUGGAAGCACUCAAAGAUAAUUUCAAUAAAACUGUCAAUAUAAGGACCUCACCAGGAUCCCUUGAUCAUAUCACUGUGGUAACUGCUGAUGGGAAGCUUGCUUUAAACCAGAUUGGCCAGAUCUCUAUGAAGUCGCCACAGCUGAUUUUGGUGAAUAUGGUCAGCUUCCCAGAGUGUACAGCUGCAGCUAUCAAAGCUAUAAGAGAAAGUGGAAUGAAUCUGAACCCAGAAGUGGAAGGGACGCUAAUUCGAGUACCCAUUCCCAAAGUAACCAGGGAACACAGGGAAAUGCUGGUGAAACUGGCCAAACAGAACACCAACAAGGCCAAGGAUUCCUUACGGAAAGUUCGUACCAAUGCAAUGAAUAAGCUGAAGAAAUCAAAGGACAAGGUCUCAGAGGACACCAUUAGGCUCAUAGAGAAACAGAUCAGCCAAAUGGCCGACGACACCGUUGCAGAGCUGGACAGGCAUCUGGCAGUGAAGACCAAAGAGCUCCUUGGAUGAGAGCCCGCCCAGGGCAGCAGUACUCCAGAGCCCAGUUUCUGGUGGAUCCCAUGGGUGGCAGAUGGGCCCCUCUCUUCUCUGUCCACACAGAAGGCUGUCACCAUGCAGCUGGCAGUCUUCGUGAGGCUCAGACUUCCAGUGACACCCAGACUUGUGCAUUCUCUUCCUCCUGUUUCCUGUCCACCCCAUUCUGCUCUGGCCCUCUGCCAUGGGCGGCCCUCGGAGAGUAUCUGCUGUGACAGAUGGCCUCUACUUAGGGCAUUUGCCCUGAUCGUGACAUUGCCAAGAUACUAGGACUAUUGGCUGCCUCAGCACUGCCAGUUUCUUGUCUCAGGAGCCUCCUUUUCAGUUAGUUGGGCCCUGUCCCCAACUUUGAACUCUGGGCUGAUGUGGGCCUUCACCUGUGACUGGAUCCCUUUGCUAGAAGCCCAUUUUUACCUAAGAACAAAAUCAAAAUAAAUGGGGAAGAAUAACCACCACAAAGCAAUGGAUAGAGUCGGUCUGGAUUCAUGUUCUCGAAGGACCUAUAUGUAAAGCCACCAGAACGAUACUUUUGCCUCUGAGUCAUCCUCACACAUGCUCUUCCCUCUGCCUGGACCAUUCCGCCCCUGCUGACCUACCUGGCCAGUCCUGUCCAUCCUUCAGGCCUCAGCUUGGGUAUCCCCUCCUCUGGGAAGUCUUCCCUUUUCCUCCAGCCGAGGACUGCUGUUAUUGGCUCUCAGGACUGUCCACUGCUUUUAACUGAACCUUCACUAUGCUUUUCAAUAAUCAGUCUGUAUAUCUUCAUUAUCCUCAGAACUUGGCAUAACGCCUGGAACACAGUAGACGUUCAAAUGUGCUGUAAAUGAAUUGUACGAAGUAGCUGCUCAACAAAUUCUGGCGGCUUUUUCUUUCUUUCCAGCCAGAACACCAUCACUCUGUCCUUUUCCACUCUUGCCUUUGUCCUCAACAUUUACUUGGAAAUGAGAUACCUUCCCCCAGGGCCUGCCUGCUGACAGACAAGUGGUUUGUUGUGGCUUAUCUUUGGGUACUGGGUUAAGUAAGGGGUUUUUUCUCCAGUAGUUUUCUUUUCCUUGCUUUUUUCUUUUCUUUUUUUCUUUUCCUUUCCUUCCCUUUCUUUUCUCUUUCCUUUUCUUCUUUUUUCAUUCUCUCAUUCAUAAUACAGCUGUCAUGAGUUAGACACAGUUCUAGGCAGUAUCUUUUAUCUUCCUGGUGAACUUGUGAGAUGUGUAGUGUCUUCAUUUUAUAAAUAGGAAAACUGACACUUGACAAUAUUAGAUAACUUCCCCAAAGCAACAAGCCUAGUAAGUCAUUGUCAGACUCAUUUUGCAGGGAGGGAGGAGGCCAAGAGAGGUCAAAUUUCUUGCCCAGGGUUACACAGCUAGCAAGCCCGCAGAGCUGGGAUUCAAACUGAGGCCUGAUCUAAAGCUUGCGUUCAGCUCGCUGCAUGCUGCAGCCUUCAUAAACAUUUAGUGAGCGCCAACUGCGUGCCAGGUACCGUGCUACAUGCUGGGAAUGCAAAAAUGGGUAAGACGUGACCUCUGUCUCUGAGGGGUGCACGGCAUGCUGGACUAAGACAUUAUCCAAAAUGUCUCGGGUGGAAGAUGGGGAGUUCAUUCCAGUUUUGCCAGAUGUCUGCCUUUAGAGUGGAAUCUGCAUGGGCCACCACGGGGCCUGGCUGCACUCCUUCAAAAUAGCAUCCAACUUCUCUUCGCUGUCUGACUCCUCUCAGAUCCCGUCCCUCGCGGGAGGUCUGCUCUUCGCCCUCUGCUUAUACUGGUAGAGCACAGUGUACACGGCCAGUGGGGGUUCAAGGUCAGAAUCAGGUCAAAAAUGAAUCUCCCGGGGCGCCUGGGUAGCGCAGUCGUUAAGCGUCUGCCUUCGGCUCAGGGCGUGAUCCUGGCGUUCUGGGAUCAAGCCCCACAUCAGGCUCCUCCACUAGGAGCCUGCUUCUUCCUCUCCCACUCCCCCUGCUGUGUUCCCUCUCUCACUGGCUGUCUCUCUGUCACAUGAAUAAAAAAUUAAAAAAAUCUUAAAAAAAAAAAAAUGAAUCUCCCACCCCGCUUACCUGUCCUCAGUCCAACCCCACUUCCCAGCCCUGAGUAGCCAUCACACCAUCAGAAGUCAGCUGCGGGAAGAACAGGGACAGACAUAGCAAUCAAGGAGCCUUUUUUGGGGUAAGCCACAUGGCGGGGGCAUUGCAGCAGUCUUUCGUGAGUGGCCGAAAUCCCCCACUCACAGCAAAUGUGCUUCUCAAAGAUGCAGGAUUUUUUAAUAAACAGAGGAAAUGAUAAA